ACCGUUUCUUUCUUGCUGUACCCUAACGUGAUCUCUCUGGAUAUAUGCCUAGUUUCUCUUGUCUUGCUUGAGCUUGGUGAUUUCUGUUUAUCGGUGUCUCUGCAGUGUUUCCCCUAUCUUGUUGGCAAUAACUUGCUUCUUUAUCACUUCAAAGUCAGCCUUGUUAAAGUCAUUUUACUUUGCGUUUGGUACGCUUAUUAUAUUUGGGGUUGUGGUGAUUCUUAUAAAAUUUAUAUAAAGCGUUUUGUAGACUACCAAGUAUUUGAAUUAGGGUAUUUGUUGUAAUCAGAUAUUCUGCAUGGAGUAGGUCAGAUCGUUUCCUAAAUCUUCAUUCUUCAUGAAGGUAAUUUGCAUAAAGGACUUGGCGUGGGAAUAUAUUUAGAUUACACUGACUUUGAAAUUACGGUUUCAGUGAAACCUGAAACAUCUCUUAAAGUGUAAUCCCUAAAUCUUUUUGCAAUUUGGAGAGUUCCUGUUUUUUCUUCUCUAGCCCCCAUUUAAGAAAGCCUCUUUCAUUUUCACCAGAUUUCAGUUAAUUAUCCCUACUGCAGAGGUGGUCUUCCAUCACCAUCUAAUGAAUUAAGUCUGGAGGGAGUGGAUGAAUACAAAACAGGUUCUGCUACUUCUGGUUGAGGACUUUGUAUCUUUGCUAAAGUCAGUGAUGUGAAAAGACCUGUCAUGGAUGAUAUUGCUGAUAGGGUGAGGAUGGAUGCCGGCGAAGUGACGUUAGUGAACCACAACUCCAUAUUCAAAACCCACUUCCUGCAACAAACAGCUUUUUCAGAGGACCAGCUUUUACUUUCUGACCAGCAGAUUACACCUUCCAGGCAAGAAAAUUUGGACCCAUCUUUUACAUGUUCCAUAAGAAGCGAAGCUUAUAAUCCAAAUUAUUACUCAGGAUUCUUUGUCAGCAAGAUGAGAUCUCCUCCCCUAAAAAGACAUAACCCUUCCUCAGACAGUUUUCUUGGCUCUGGCGACUUAAGACCCUUCGGCCAGAGUGCCAAUGGCCAGUGGAGAAAUUCCACUCCAGCAUCAAGUUCAACUCUACAGAAAUCAAGAAACAGCAGAAGUCUUUACCUCGAAACCCGAAAGACCUCAAGUGGAUUAUCAAGCACUUUUAUGGGAAAGUCGAACCAUCACUGCCAUGCAUCUGCAUAUGAAAAAUCUUUUCCUAUUAAGCCUGUUCCAAGUCCAUCUUGGAGUGGUUCAUGUCGUCGAAGCCUUUUGAGUCCCAAGAAAACACAGAGGCGACACGUUAGUACAGCAGAAGAGACUGUUCAAGAAGAAGAAAGAGAGAUUUAUCGGCAGCUGCUACAGAUGGUCACAGGCAAACAGUUUUCUGUAGCCAAACCCACCACACAUUUUCCUUUACACCUGUCUCGAUGUCUUAGUUCCAGUAAGAAUACUUUGAAAGACUCACUGUAUAAAAAUGGAAAUUCUUGCACAUCUCAGAUCAUUAGCUCUGAUACUUCAUCAUCUGGAUCUGCCAGCAUUUUAACUGCCCAGGAACAGCUGUCCCAUGGUGUAUAUUCUCUGCCAUCUUAUACCCCUGAUGUUGCAUUUGGAUCCAAAGAUUCUGAUCCUCUCUGUCAACCUCACCAUCAUCACUCUCUUUCUCAUCAAUCAGAUAACCUACCAUCUUCAAAUACACAAUCCGAAGGAUCAGACUCUGUGAUUUUACUCAAAGUGAAAGAUUCCCAGACUCCAACUCCCAGUCCUACUUUCUUCCAGGCAGAGUUGUGGAUCAAAGAAUUAACUAGUGUUUAUGAUUCUCGAGCUCGGGAAAGAUUGCGCCAAAUUGAAGAGCAGAAAGCACUUGCAUUACAGCUUCAAAACCAGAGAUUGCAGGAGCAGGAACAUUCAGUACAUGAUUCAGUAGAACUGCAUCUUCGUGUACCUCUUGAAAAGGAAAUCCCUGUCACGGUUGCCCAAGAAACAGUUAAAAAAGGUCAUAAAUUAACUGAUAGUGAAGAUGAAUUUCCUGAAAUUACAGAGGAAAUGGAGAAAGAAAUAAAGAAUGUAUUUCGUAAUGGGAACCAGGAUGAAGUUCUCAGUGAAGCGUUCCGCUUAACCAUUACACGCAAAGAUAUUCAAACUUUAAACCAUCUCAACUGGCUCAAUGAUGAG